UUCUUUUCUUUUAUUUACUAGUAUGUAUUACGCCAACAUUUAAAUAGUAUCGCAUAUACACAUUGGCACGUAACUUUACUUAGUACACACUUACCUAGCAGUGAUGACAGCUUAUCACAAUGAUCACAAGAAAUAAGAUAAAUGAUGUCGAAGCAGAGAGUAUGUGUAGUUGGCGCUGGCAUCAUUGGACUGUCGUCUGCUGUCAGAAUUCAAGAUAAUAUACCAGGGGUUGACAUUACCAUCGUAGCAGAUAAGUUCUCCCCGAACACAUGCUCUGAUGGAUCAGGAGGAUUUUGGGAGCCAUUUUUAUUACCAGAAGAAUCACUGGCUCAAUCAAAUAAAUGGUGUCAGGAUACAUGGGAAUAUUUAAUGAGCCUCGUCAAAUCACCAACUGCAGCAUCUCUUGGUGUCCAUACCGUGUCUGGGUAUAAUUUUACAGGUGUAAAUAUUCCAAAAGAUCCUCCAUGGAAGGACCAAGUACUGGGUUAUAGACGUCUUUCUGUCGAAGAGAUAAAACUGCAUCCUGACAACAGAGAUGGAGUGUUUUAUACAACAAUGAUGAUAAAUGUAAAGAAAUAUCUACCCUGGCUCAUGAGACAAUUCAGAAUAAAAAAUGGAAAAGUUAUCAACAGAAAGAUAAACUCUUUGGAAGAGAUCAUGACAGAUUAUGAUUUAGUUGUAAACUGCACCGGCAUUGGUGCGCAUGACCUUGGUGACCGUACUGUCUAUCCAGUAAGAGGUCAAGUAAUACGGGUAAAAGCACCUUGGGUGAAGCAUUUUUACUUUGACAAAGACCCUUCAGAAACAGGAAAUAAAUUAUAUAUCUUCCCAGGAAAAGACUUCGUGGUUUUAGGUGGCACCUCACAGAAAGGAAAUUGGAGCACAGAUGUAACAGAAUCUGACCGGAAGAGGAUAUUGGAUGGUUGUUCAAGGUUGAUACCCAGUCUGCGGGAAGCGGAAGUAUUACAGGAAUGGACAGGUUUAAGACCAUCAAGACCAACAAUACGAUUGGAAAAGGAAGAUGUUUGUUUUAAUGGAAGGACGAUAACAAUUAUUCACAAUUAUGGGCAUGCAGGAUCAGGAAUUACAUUAUUUUGGGGAUGUGCAAAAGUUGCUUCAGAUUUAGCUGUGGAGAGCAAUAGACUAAAACAACAAUCAAAAUUGUAGAAAUGAACUUCGAUUAUAACUUCAUUUAUAACUUCGAUUAUAGCUUCAUGUAUAACUUCGAUUAUAACUUCAUGUAUAACUUCGAUUAUAACUUCAUUUGUAAAACUUCGAUUAUAACUGCAUUUAUUACUUCAUUUAUAACUUUGAUAACAACUGUAUUUAUAACUUCAUUUAUAACUGCAUUUAUAAGAUUCGUAUUUUAUUUUAUAUUAUUAUACAUAUACACUAUUGUUAUAGGAAGCAUGUACACAUAUCAAUGGACUUACAAAUAUUUUGUGCAUUUGAUUAAACAAUAUUUACAUAAUUAGUACCCCAAAAAUAAAGCAAUGAUAAAUUGGCUAGCUAAGGAACACCAGAUAAAUGUUUGAAUCAAUUUUUGGGGUGCAUAUAGGCAUUAUAUGGUGAAUAUCGUCAUGCACAUGACGUCAAUGUGGGUACCACAUACACACAUAUAUAUAUAUAGAUAUUAUAUGCGAAAUGGAAUUAACUUGGAUAUGAUAUAUUAUGUAAACAUAUAAAAUAAUAUGGUUGUAUUGACGAGUAUAACGUAUAUUUGGGUGGAUGUGCCAGUAAUGUUUUUCUUUAGUUUAUGUUAUCUAACAUAAAUGCUAUUAUAACAGUUUGUUAAUAUUUGUUAAUAUUAUUAAUGAUUACUACGUUAUUGUUA